GACAGAAUUCUUGCAGGAAUGUUUGGAGUGUUGGUCAUUGGUGCUCCAGGAGCUGGCAAAUCAACAUUUUCUGCGGGUCUUGCUGACAUAUUUGACCAGAUCCAUCGUCCAUACAUCACUAUAAAUCUGGAUCCUGCCAAUGAUUUUGUCUUGUAUAAAACCGAUUACAGUAUAAAAGAAAUGAUUACGGUAGAGGAUGCUAUGACUAGACUGGGUCUGGGACCUAAUGGUGCUUUGAAGUACUGCAUAGAUACGCUAUGCCGUAACAGAGCAUGGCUUCUGCAAAAGAUCUUGGACAACAAGGAUAAGUACCUCAUUAUCGACUGUCCUGGACAACUUGAACUCUAUAAAAGUGAGGGCGAUCUGUGUAAGCUCAUUCAUGAACUGGAGAAAGCUGGUGUUCGGUUAUGUGCCAUUCAUUUAGUGGAUUCCUUGUAUUGUGCAGAUGCCGCAAAAUUUAUUUCUGUGGUCAUGUCAACUUUGGCUACAAUGGUCACUAUGGAGAUGCCGCAAGUGAAUGUGCUCUCAAAAAUUGACUUAUUUGACGAAGCUUCUUCCUUUGAUUUGGAUUAUUUUACGAGGUUACCAGACGUGAGCAGGUUGCUCGAGAUGCUCAAUGAAGUGCCUGGUCUGGAACGCUACCGUGGCCUCAACGCAGCAAUCUGUGACGUCGUAGCAAGCUUUGAUCUCGUCAGCUUUGUCCCAUUGAAUGUGCAGAAGAAAGAGGACAUGGCAAAAGUUUUGCGGUUCGCUGAUUCAGCUAAUGGAUGUUCUUGA